UACAGUGCGGUAGGAAUGUUCCAGUUCUCAGAACUUGUCUUUGUUUAUUUAAUAUGCAGCCAAUCCCACAUAUUCUUGAAUGGAAUUCAGAUAAACUACGUACAAGUUCCUGCGGCGGUUCGAAAUAAUUCAAAUCGUUCGGCCAUCUUGGAUUGUAACUAUUCAAUUCGACCGGAUGACACGGAAUUAAUUGUAAAAUGGUUCUUGAACGAAGAGUUGAUUUACCAAUGGAUACCACCACAAAGCCCACAGAGCUUGGGAACGUUAAAGGAUAAUAUUGACUUGGAUUACAAAGCGAGCGAUGAUCCCAAAACUGUCUACAGGGCGAUCAAAAUAAAUAAUCCCACCACCCAAAUAGCAGGAGAAUAUAAAUGUCAAGUUUCAACGCUGGCCGAUGAAGAUUUUAGUAUGAAAAAUAUGAUUGUCUUUGAACCGGAAGCUAAGCUUAUUAUUAGAAAACGAAUGGAUGACAAGUACGUUAAUUUUACCUGUCUAGCAAGUGACGUUUAUCCUUCACCAAAGUUAUUUUUAUAUAAAGACAUCAAGAACAAUCUUUAUAACAAGACAUCGUUUUUCAGAAUACGGUUAUCCAUAGUCGAAUGGGAUGUGAAGAAAAAUCCAAACACAGGCAAAUAUACUGUGUUUAUUGUUGGAGUAGAUCAUUUAGCCGAACUAGAACCUGGAACCUUAAUCCAUUGCGAACUGAAGAUUCCUGGAACUGGAUAUGUCAAAUUAAAGACAUUGUUAUAUUACCCCGAUUUUUACACUCUUGGAAAUGGUUGUCUCAAGCAUUGGUUAAAUAGAAACCUAAUAUUUUAUGCAUUUACGUUAUACCUGUUAGGAAAUUAUUAGAUAAAUAAAAAUAUGUUUUUAAUUUUAACCAUCAAUAAAUUCACUUGAUUUAUUGUACUAUUUAUCAAAAUUUAUUAAGAUUUAUAAUACAGUUGUUAAUUA